UUGAGAGAAUUCGGAUUUGAAGUUCACAUGAAAAUCUCCGGCUGACUGAAUUAUUCCUUUGUGUCAUGUUUUGAUCUUUGAAAAUCGGUUAGUUGUAUAACACACCAAAAGAAUAAGUGGGGUGGUUAAUUAGCAUAAGUAUUGGGGAUGGGGACGGCACAUCAACUCCGCAACAUCGUGACCUCUCUGUUGUCCUCCUCCCCCAAUUGGAAUCUCACCCUUCUCGAUCAAGUUCCGUGUAAAUGGGUCAUUCAUGGCAAUUGUGUCCUUGUCCCACCCACCGCAUUCACAAGUCAUAUUUGGAAAGAACAUCCGCUAGUAUUACAAGAGAUUGCCAGUAUUCUCAAGGUCUCCACAAUUGCAAGACAAUCAGGCCCCAUCCACAACCCCUCUUUUCGCCAACCCUCGCCCGUCGACAUCUUAUAUCCACCUACGGAAUCCUCAUCUGACUCUACGAAUGUCACUGUCCGUAAGAAAGAGAAUGGGAUUCAUUACGAAUGGGACAUCACAAAAGUCAUGUUUUCUCCUGGAAACAUUUCUGAAAAGCAACGACUGGCUCAACUUGACCUCCGAAACUCGGUCGUGGUUGACUUGUUUGCCGGAAUUGGGUACUUCACUCUCACCUUCCUCGUUCACUCCAGAGCAGCCUUUGUCCACGCGUGCGAAUGGAAUCCUGACGCGAUUUACUGGUUGAAAAACAAUUUGAAACUGAACAAAAUCCAUCCGGAGAGAUAUGCCAUUUUGGGCGGAGACAACAAAAUCAUGGCUCCAAGAGGGGUCGCCGACCAUGUCAAUUUAGGCCUCAUCCCAUCAUCCGAAGGAAGUUGGGAGGCUGGUGUGGCCGCAUUGCGACGUGAUAAAGGUGGAGUUUUGCAUGUUCAUGGAAAUGUGGACCUCCACAAGAAGAGUAAAACCAAAAAAUGCCACCUCCAAAACAAUUCUUACAGCACUAAUGCAAAUGAGAAUUGUGGAACCCCAAAGUUUUGGCAGAUAUGGGGUGACUACGUGAAGAAUAAGAUUAUGCAAAUCCUUAAAGAUUUGUACCCUGAAGAAGAAUGGCUGGUGGGUGUGGCUGGAAUCUUCAAAGUGAAGUCGUAUGGGCCUCGGGUUGACCAUUUAGUUGUGGAUAUUACUUGUAAGCCGUGCACCUUAGCUGUAGACUAUUAAAAUUUAUUUGUAAAAAAAUAUUAACAUUCCACUAGAUUAACGUUUUUACAGCGCUGAGAAAAUACAAUAUAUAAACUAAAUCGGUACAAGUGUAAA